CCAAAUGGCUAAGUUGGUAGUUGUGAGUAACUUCCAAAUGGUGGUUCAAAUGCAAAGAGACGGAAUAAGUAAAGAAGUGCAGAAGAAGGAAAAAGAUAACAAACAGAGACCGGAAGAAACAUAUGUGGAAGAUAAGGAGAGGGUAAAUACAAAGGCGGAUAUUCUGCAAUCAGCAUCUAUCUCUAAUGGACCAAGAGAAGUUGAUGGACAUGUGGACAGGUCUGAUGCUUCUGAUUUUGUUGGAAAGAACAGAACAUCAGUUAGUGGUGACUAGAAUUUGAGAACUCCAUUGGACAGCAUAAGGCAUGGUUUCACUCAGCAAAUAUGAGAGAAAGUUCAGGAAGGUCUUCCGGUACCAUGCUUGGUAGAAAUUUGGGAGACUUAGUUUUAUCCCUUUUGAAGGUAGUCAAUGGAUGGCUAGAGAGGAAGAAGCCAUUGCUAACUUGUAUGACAGCCAUGUUACAGGAUCCCACAAUCAUGUUCAUCUCAAGAUUUUGCAAGCGUACCCUAUUGUUUGCAGGUGGCUCAUGCAUUUGGGGAAUCUUAUUAUGCUUGUAUCUCUGGUAUGGCUGCAUUAUAGUCUUGGGGGCUUCGGUUUGUUUUUGCAAUUGGGUAUGACAUCCUUUUUUGCCGUCAUUUGGUGUAGCAUUUUCUCCGUACAUGUAAUGAUAGGAAUAUGGAAGUUUCUUACGAUCAUGGUAAGCUAUGCUCCUGUUGCCCUGGCACAGAAUCUUUUUUCUUGGUUAGUUGUUUAUUUGGAACUUCACUUUUUGUGGGCUUUAUUGAAACCUGGAACUUUGGGAAUUGCCAUUUCUGCAACUGUUUCUCUAUGGAUAUGUGGGAGCUUCUGGACAACAGGACUUGUCAUCGUUGUUGGAGCUGAUAGAAAUGCAGGAGAACCUUCAAGUACUGGGUCUGGGUCUGAGAUUGAGCUGACGUCUGAAGAAGAAGUUGGUAGGAUGUUAAAUUCUUCCGAUCUCUAUUCAGCCCUGGUAUUGGCUCGUUAUGAGAACAUUGAUAUGUCGUCGCUCAAGUGUGAGUACAGCAAAAAGGCAAUGCUGGUCCACCCUGAUAAAAAUAUGAGGGAUGAGAAGGCUGUAGAGGCCUUCGAGAAACUUCAGAAUGCAUAUGAGGUGUUACUUGACUCUUUGAAGCGUCUCAAAGUUCGUCUGAGAUGGUAUUUUUAAUUUCUCUCAUAAUUCUCAGCUUUUAGAAGUUCAUUCCAUAGACUACAGGAAGUUUAGUUUCACAUUAUUGUUUAUACAUGUAAAUCUAAGAAUAAAGUUUAGUGUAAAUAAACUAAAUAUCGGUAUUAGCCCGCUUGGCUGUUGUAUAAUGCUAGUCUUUUGCAAUUGUGGGGGAACUUUAAACGCGCUAUUCUUGUUUCCUAGGAAAGAGUAUGAAACUUGACCAAGAACGCAUAAGUUGCAGAUUCACCCUUGCCUGAGCUUGAAAUUGCAUUGGUAGAACCAUAAGAUUUAUUGGUUGUUCUAAUAUUUAAAGUUUGUGUCUGAAAUUGGCGAAGG